AUGAAUCAUGGGUUUUGUUUACUUGGAGAGAUUACUAAGAGAGGUUAUCAUCCGGAUACAAUCACUUUCAAUACACUGAUUAAGGGGUUGUGCUCAGAAGAAAAGAUUGAUUUUUCUUUUGAAGUGUUUGGUAAAAUGACUGACACAGGUAUUCAACCUACUGCAGUUACAUGUAAUACUAUUAUACAUGGGCUGUGUAGAACUGGUGAAGUGGGUCUUGCUCUUCGGUUGAAAAACGACAUGUCGAGAUGGAAAUGCAGACCAGAUGUCGUGUCGUAUAUUGUGAUUAUAGAUACUCUUUGCAAAGGAGAUUUAGUUGAUGAAGCUUUGGUUCUCUUCUCUGAAAUGCUUGGAGAUUUUUAUGUUGUGCCGGAUGUUGUUGUUUACAAUUCUUUGAUCAAAGAUCUUUGCAAUUCAGGCCGCUUGACUGAAGCAAGGAGAAUCUUUGAUGAGAUGGUUGGUAAAGGAAUCUCAGGAAAUAUGGCAACCUAUAAGGGUAUGAUUCACGGUUUUUGCCUACAUGGUCGUUGGAAAGAAGCAACAAGAUAUUUUGAUGAAAUGAUGGAUCGAGAGAUCUUACCUGAUACAAUAACCUUUAACAUAUUAAUAGAUUCUCAUUGUAAAGAUGGGAUGACGGAGGAUGCUUGGGGGUUAUUUGAAUUGAUGGACAAGUUAAACAUACAACCUAAUCAGAUUACUUAUAGUUCAAUGAUGAAUGGUCUGUGUUUGGCAGGUCGGCUGCAAGAUGCAGUGAAGCUUUUUGACUCGAUGGUCCACAGGGGCCUAGACCCAAAUGAGUUCAACUACAAUGUGUUAAUUGAUGGGUAUUGCAAGAAUCGGAAGCUGGAUGAAGCUGUGAAGCUAUUUAAGAAAAUGAAACAAAAUGGAUUGCAAGUAACAACUGUUGUUUAUACUACAUUGUUGCGGGGACUAUACCGUGAUGGAAGAUUUGAAACAGCGCAGAGUUUGUUUAAUGAGAUGCAAUCUUGUGGUCAAAAUCCAAAUAAAUUUACAUAUAGUACGGUGUUAAAUGGACUAUGCAAGAAUGGAAAGAUUGGGGAAGCAAUAGUAUUAUUUGAGUCCAUGAAAACUACUGGUAUCUUACCUGAUAUUUACAUGUAUGCUAUUCUUAUACAUGGUUUUUGUCAAGCUGGCAAGUUGGAAGAUGCAAGAAAACUGUUUAAUAAGAUUCCAAAAGAAGGAUUAGUUCCUAAUGUAAUAACAUAUAACACAAAGAUGGAUAGCCUCUUUCAUAACAGGAUGUUCUUGGAGGCUGAAAGAUUAAUCAGUGAAAUGGAAGAGAAAGGUUGUUUACCAAAUUCGAGAACCUAUGAUAUCCUCAUUAAGGGUUUUCUUAGACGAAAUGAUACUCAGAAGGCUCUGCAAUAUCUAUGCAAGAUGCGUGAAAGAAAAUUUAUGCCAAGUGAUUCUGUUGUUUCAUUGUUAGUAAACACUUUCUCAACCGAUAAAAUUAAAAGUCUGGAGGUAUUGCAGUGA